AGGGUCGAGUUCGGGCGGUCUGUUCUUGACACGCGAACUUUGUUCUCGCGCUCGAACCACACGAACACGUCCCAAGAACAUUGUACUCGGAACAAAAUCGCACACCACCUAUCCGCCGGGGGUUUGCACGAACACACGUAAAAAAGCGCGGGAUUUCAAAACAGCGGCAGAAACUUCUCUAGCAAAAUGGCCGACGGACAUGACGGAUUCAGCGUUGCUGAGAAGGGGUACACAACAAAGCAAGUUCCUGUCAUAAUCCGCUAUGUUCCUGCUGGUAUUGCAGAGCGUUUGAAAUCUGAUGAAAGUUUUGCACAAACAUUUUGUGCAACGGUACAGCGGCCUGGCAGGACUAGCCAACCGAAAACACGAGAGACACCUCCCCUAACCAACAGAACUGGACAGCCACGGUUACAUGAAGCAGGGAUGCCCCAUCCAACCCAGUCCAGCCUAACACCAGGACAAGAGACAGAGGCAGGGCCCUCUUCAGUUGGACAUGAUGAAAGAAAAACCUGGAGUGACAGAGAUAGUACCCUGCUUGUGAGCUUGAGAGUCAAGAUGGAAGAUUCAUUCCACGGAACCAAAGCUCAUAAAGUGUUAUGGAAUAAAAUUGCCAAAGAAAUGCAAAGUAAGGGUUGUUUGGUCACAACAGACCACUGCCAAAACAAAUGGAAAUCAAUUAAACGAGAGUAUAAACAAACAGUGGAUCAUAAUUCCCAAACAGGGGCCAAUAGGAAGAUCUGUAAAUUUUACACUGAAUUAGAUGAAUUAUAUGGCAACAACGAGAGUACCAGACCAUCCAUGACACUUAGCAGUUGUAGUGUGCCAUCUACUACAGGUAACCUCCUUGAUGAAACGGAGGAACCUGCUGAAAAAGUGGCAAAGCUGCCCAUAGGGCGAAAAAGUCGUAAGCCAACAAAAUUGCCCAAUGUAGUAGACUGGCUUAAUGAGUUUCAUAAGGAACAAAGAGAGAGAGACAAACGGCGAGAAGAAAUGGUAAGAGAACACAAUCAACAGAAACUUGACAGAUUUGACAGACUUCUCGAUAUACUAAAUCCAAAAAAGAGGAUUGAACAUUUUCGAUUGAUCAGGUGGUAA